GUCCUCGACAUCUCCGCAUCGUGUGGUUGCCUCGGCCCGCGAACCACCCCAUAUUUACUCGACGCGCCCGCCAUGCGUCGCAUCUGGAGCUAUCGCAAUGGCUGGAAACGUACGACAACCCAUAGAUGUAGCCUCUUUAGAGCGCUACGUCGAGGCCAAUGUCCCUGAAAUCACUUUGCCAAUCGACGUCAAGCAGUUUGGCUAUGGACAGUCGAAUCCAACGUAUCAGUUGACAGACAAAACUGGAAAGAAAUAUGUUAUGAGGAAGAAGCCCCCGGGCAAGCUUCUAUCAAAGACAGCUCACAAAGUCGAUCGCGAAUACCGCAUCAUCCACGCGCUGGAGAAGACCGAUGUCCCAGUCCCCAAGGCAUAUAGUCUUUGUCAGGAUGAAAAUGUCAUUGGCUCUGACUUCUACAUCAUGGAGUUUUUGGAUGGACGCAUUUUCGAGGACCCUGCGAUGCCAGAAGUAACGCCAGAAGAGCGAACGAAGAUGUGGCACUCCGCGAUAACAACUCUCGCAAAGUUCCAUCGCGUCACGCCCAAAGAUGUGAACCUCGAAUCGUUCGGCAAGCCAUCCGGCUUCUACCUCCGUCAGAUCAAGACAUUCAACUCCAUUUCCGAGGCUCAAGCUGCAGCAAAGGAUAAAGAGACCGGGGUGCCAGUUGGCAAGAUCCCACAUCAAGACGACAUGGUAGCGUUCUUCAGCGACGCGAAGACGCAGCCAAAGGACCGGGCGACUUUCGUGCACGGCGACUACAAGAUCGACAACGUCGUCUUCCACAAGACGGAGCCAAGAGUCAUUGGCAUUCUAGAUUGGGAGAUGUCGACGAUCGGACACCCAUUGUCUGACCUAAAUAACCUGCUCCAGCCGUACUUGACAGCGAGCUCAGAGAAAAUGGCUUCCAUUGGGCGUGCGAACCGACAGUUCCAGCCGGGUGCGACAGAAGGUCUGCCAUCUGUUGACCAGCUCAUCGCAUGGUACUCUGAAGUCGCAGGCUGGGAUCCAAGACCUGACUUUACCUGGGGCAAUGCGUUUACUUCGUACAGGAGUGCUAUUAUCAUGCAAGGAAUUGCAGCACGAUAUGCUCUGCGACAGGCUAGUAGUAUGCAGGCGAAGGAAUAUGGACAGAUGAUGAAGCCGUUUGCAGAGGUCGCAUGGGAAUUAGUGGAGGACGCAAUGAAGGCAUUUGAAGGAAAGGCAAAGCUAUAGUUGAAUCAAUGUAGAACGUAGAACGUAGAAUGUUUGGAUGAUUUGAUGGUUAUAGCUUGUAAUCACUCGCACUUUUCGUCUACAGACUUGUCUCCCGAA